GCUUACACUUGGGUUAUAGAAAGUGAACCAUUCCAUUGGGCAAAUGCUUUGUUUGAAGGAGAGAGAUAUAACCACAUGAACUCCACUUUUGGGCUAGAUUUCUACAGCUGGGUUUCCGAAGCACAUGAGUUGCCCAUAACGCAAAUGAUAGACCAACUUAGAGCAAAGUUGAUGCAAUCGAUAUAUACCCAUCAGGUACAAUCCAGGGAAUGGGUUACAACCCUAACACCAACCAACGAGGAGAAGCUACAAAAAGAAAUAGAACUUGCAAGGUCACUUCAGGUUUCAGCGCCUCACAAUAGCUUAUUCGAGGUUCAUGGUGAAUCCCUCAACUUAGUUGAUAUCAAUCAGUGUGAUUGCGACUGUAAGGUAUGGAGAAUUACUGGUUUACCAUGUAGCCACGCAGUUGCAGUGAUUGAAUGUAUCGGGAAAAGCCCUUAUGAUUACUGCUCCAGAUACUUUACCUCAGACAGUUACCGUUCAACGUAUGCUGAGUCCAUUAACCCUGUCCCUAACACCACAAUGACGAUGAUGAUGGUGGAGGAACCGCCCGUUGAGGGGGUUGUUUCAGUUACUCCACCGCCCACAAGACGAACACCACCAGGGAGGCCAAAGAGUAAGCAGGUGGAACCACUAGACAUGAUCAAGCGUCAGCUCCAGUGUAGCAACUGCAAGGGUUUAGGACACAACAAGAAGACCUGCAAAGCUGUAUCUUAAGUGUAGAGAUAAG